AUGGUGGCGCAAUACCACGCGCCAUGCGGGCGCGCCGUAUGUAUGGCGACUGGCGGCCGCCGCAUCCCGACCACCGACAAGACGUUUCAGCGUGCGAUUGAACGGCACCCACGACGCAUUACGCCUCAACGUCGCCAUAUAAUGUCGCAUCGUGGACCACUAGAAAGCAGCCGACGACUUGGGAAGCGGACUCUGACAGGCGCCAUGCACCCUCAUGCUCACCCCGCACCAUCCUGGCAUAUUGAAGUUCUUUCGAACGCGACAUGGCAAUGGCAUGCGCCCACCACCCCCGAAGAACGCCGGAUACGAUCGCGCCAUAUAUCAAUUCCGAAUCUAUGGGAUAGAUUUCUGAAGUGGCUGGAGAUGUCUGACGCCGACAAACCAUUCAUACUACCUCCGAAAGACAUUGACCAAUACCCAAGUUUCUCGACAACGAUUGAUGAUCUGCGACUCAACAUCUCGUCUCUUGCUACUAGUGAUACGAGUGCUGCGCAGGAGGUCUGUCAGGCUUUCUGCGUCACGAUACAAGAGGGAAUCCUGAUGGGGCAGAUAUCCACAGAUGACAUGAUGGUGGCAUUGGAGCCGUUCGACUCAGCCUCCCACCAGGUCAUUUCAGAUAUGCGCGUCGGCGGCAAAGUACUCGCAACGAUUCGGUCCUCUAUAGCCGAAGCUUUGGAAGCUACGCAAAUAAGCAGACCGAAUGCUGUACCGGACGAGAUGUGGACAGCCAUGUUCAACUAUGUCGCCGCCGUCAACGGCCGGUUCCACGACGUCAGCUGCUUCAACAAAUUAAUAGCGGCCAUGCCGGCCUCUGCCAAGGCCAAAAUCUCCAACGACACGCUUUUCACAUACGUCAAAACCUUUGUCCAAUCGCAGGCGACACGGGAUCAUCGCAACCCGGCCUGGCUAUGGUGCUGUUCCAAGAUUGGAAGUGCCCUCAGCCGACUUGGCGAAGAGCAACGACUUGCUUUGUCCGCCAGCAUGAACAAGUUUGUGUGGAAUGCACGAUAUGAUGCAGACACAAGAAUGAAGACAACCUUUGCUUGGCUCCUUACCCAGGCAUAUGACACACGUUUGAGUGGCAAAUCAUUCACCAAGAUAUAUAAGAAGACCUACGGGCGGAGUAUGGAUCACAACGGCUAUAGGAUAUGGCAGCUGGCUGUCGCUCACCUAAAUAGCAACGGAACCCUCUCAAAGGAUGCCCAUAAGCAGGUCGCCGGCUGGAACUACUUUGAUAGCUUGCCACAAAGAUGGACGGCGCUGGCAAAGACACUGUCAGCAACGGAGCAUCCAGAGGCCGCGAUAGCUUCGCUAUGCGACUUCCUUGCCGAUAUUGGCGAGACCUGGCACCUCAUUGAGGGGCUGAUGGCCGCUCACGCGGAGACACCAUGCGCCGAGAUGCUCGACACUGUUGCAAAUGCCUGUGGGAAACUCGACAUUGCCAUGGCACUCCGCAUCGCUGCGAAUGAUACCAAGCAAGGUAUUCAACUACUUGACGUAGGUCUCUCCGGGACCAAGGAGGAGCAUUUCGAGAAGUUCAUGGCGUACCCCAAGGCUGAAUCAUAUGCGUGGCGCGCAAUCAAGGCCGAGGGCGGUACCGUCGAGUCCAAGAUGGAACUGAUUGACUUGCUCAGCGACAAGUACGACUCGAGCUCCAACCUCAGCAGGAGCCAGAGGAUACGACGCGCCCGGCGGGCGGCCGCCUAUCAGAUGGCGCUCACGGGAAAGGUGUCCGCGACGGUUCUGCGCAAUGCCAUUGCGGCCGUCACGCUUGAUCUCGACGAGGGACGCUGGGGUCGCGAAACACAUCUGCAGUGGGCGAUGCAGCUGGUCCACGAUCAGGUCAGCCCGCAGGCCGCGCGCGAGAUGCGGAAGCAUCUGGAAGGAUGGCGGCAUCUUAUUCACAGUGCCACUACCCAGAACGAUGUAGCACAAUCGGCAGCAAUGUCGAGGAGGAGUCGCUCAGCAGGUUCAGACGCGUUCGACAUGUCAUACUUGAGAAGCACACUGCAGAACGAUGCAGAGCGCGAGCGCCAUCUCACUCAAUCGAAUCGCUUCCGGUAA